AUGACCACCUGGAUUGCUCAGUGCACACCAACCACACACCCGUGGUUCGCAAACGCCUCCAUGAAACGCAAGUUCCCCUCCUCCUCCUCGUCCUCGCCGUCGUCCACCCCCACCCAGUCCGACUCGGACUCGACCCCAGGCAACCCCCACAGACCGAAGAGGAGGCGGUGCUCGACGCUCGAGAAGGGGCUCUCCUACCUCUCACUAGGCGCGGAUGCGUGGCAGCGCGACAGCAAUGUAGGGCACCUUCAAGUCAGGCAUCCAAAUUCCCCAUCCCCUGACGUGUCCGCUUCGCAGCUCCCAAACAUCUCGGAGAUCCCACCGCCGGACGUUUACCAAAACAGGCCCCCCAUGGGCGCCGAUUCGAUGCAGUUCGACAUCCCGGCCGUGGUGAGGCCGUCGCGCGUCGACGAGCCCGGGGAGCAUACGCCGCCGAUAGUAGAAAUCAAUAUGAAGUCGUCUAGCUGGUAUGAGCCCGAGCCCGAUCGAAUAAUAGUCACGGAUCUAGAUUCCUCGGAGGACGAAGCCGACGUAGAGGACAAUCCAAUACUUCUACCUCCGUCGGUUCUAAGGCAUAUUGCAGCACGGAAUCUGGAAAUGAUGAAAAGUGGCGGCAAGUCAAUCCAUCAUGCUGAUGAUGCGAAUAAAGCACUUGUGCUUUUCCGACCGCUCAGCUUGGGACCACCUUCACAAGAGGAAGGUGAUGUAGACGACGACAGUUCAAGAGACACCGACACCACAUCUUCUUUACCGAGUGUCUCCAGUAUGGAUGAUGACGAUGCCAUGGAUGUAGAGUGA